GCUGCAUUCAAGGUCGCGGUGAAACGCUUCAGGCUGGUGCACAAAUACGCGUCUAACGCUCGAAUACCACAAGCCUGUCAUGCGCAGGGAUGUCCGAAUAUUACUCGUCGGCGACGAGGGUGUCGGGAAAAGCACCAUAGUAACUUCACUCAUCAAGGAAUCCUUCGUUGCACAUGUUCAACAUGUUGUUCCAGAGGUAACGAUACCACCAGAAGUCACACCAGAAAACGUAACAACAUACAUCGUCGAUUCUGGUGCUGGACCUCAAGAUCGACAGCAUCUUGAAUCAGAAAUUCGCAAAGCCCAUGUCAUCUGCGUUGUAUAUUCCAUAGAUAAUCCAAACUCUUUUGACAGAAUACCCACUUUCUGGCUGCCCCAUUUCCGCCAACUCGGAGUCAAUGUUCCAGUCAUUCUGGUCGGGAACAAAAUUGAUCUGAGAGGCGGCCAGGUCACUAAUGAGGCGUUAGAGGAUGAGAUUAUACCCAUUAUGAAUGAGUUUAAAGAAGUGGAAACCUGCGUAGAAUGUUCAGCAAAGAUGCCACUGAAUGUUUCAGAGGUGUUUUACUUCGCUCAGAAGGCUGUACUACAUCCGACAGCCCCUCUAUAUGACUCGCGGGAUCAUGUUCUCAAGCCAGCUUGCGUUAGCGCUUUGAAAAGAAUAUUCAAGCUUUGCGACACUAAUAAAGACGGUCUUUUGGAUGCCUCCGAACUUAAUGAGUUUCAGCGAAAAUGUUUUGACGCCCCACUUCAGUUGCAGGAGCUAGAGGGUAUUAAGGACAUGGUCCGAGAACAUGCUGCUGAAGGUGUCAGGGAUGACGGCCUUACAGAAGCUGGCUUUCUCUAUCUCCACACCAUCUUUAUCCAACGCGGCCGCUUAGAAACAACGUGGACAGUGUUGCGCAAAUUCGGCUACGCUGAAGACUUAAGGCUCACUGAAGCCUUUUUAUCACCGAGGUUUGAUGUUCCUUACGAUUGUUCUGUAGAGCUGAGCCCGCUGGGUUACCAAUUUUUCACUGACACCUUCGAAACAUUUGACAAGGAUCAAGAUGGUGCUUUGAAAACUGCAGAGCUGGAGGAACUGUUCAGCACUUCACCUGGGAAUCCCUGGGCUGGUCAAAACUUCCCGGACACUACAUUGGCGGACGAUGCUGGUGCUGUAACUUUGCAGGGUUGGUUGGCUCAAUGGAGUAUGACAACACUACUGGACCAUAAAACCACACUAGCAUAUCUUGCAUACUUGGGCUAUCCUGAGGAACCAAGAACGGGUGCUCUUAUAACUACACGUCCACGUAAGGUUGACCGGCGCAAAGGGAAGGUGACCAGAAAUGUGUUCCUAUGCUACGUUUGUGGUGCUGCUGGGUCAGGGAAGACGUCGUUAUUACGUGCUUUUGCAGGGAAACCAUUUCGGGAAGUCUAUGAGCCUACUAGCAAAAUGGUCAGCGUGGUGAAUGCAGUCGAUAUUGAUGGCUCGGAAAAAUAUCUAGUUCUCCAGGAAUUUGGUUCAAAAUAUGAAGCGGAGACCCUCAGAAACGGCAAGAAAACAGAUCUGGCAGACGUCAUCAUAUAUGUCCACGACUCGAGUGAUACAAACUCGUUCUCAUACAUUAGUAACCUACGGCAACAAUAUAACCUUGAUAAUAUACCAACAUUAUUUGUGGCCACCAAGUCCGACCUUGACCUUGCUCAGCAGAGACAUGAAGUGCAGCCAGACGUGUACUGUCGGCGGUUAAGUCUCCAGGUACCUGUCGCAGUAAGCAUUAGAACAGGCCAGACUGCAGAUGUUUUCCACGCCAUUUGCAGUAUUGCCAUGAAUCCUCAUGCUGCGAUUCCAGGUGGUGUUGACCGUGUAAUGACAGCUGCAGAGCGGUUGAGAAUGUAUGUGACGUUGACGGCUUUGUUGGGUGGAGUUAGUGCAGGGUUGGUUAUGCUAUAUCGGACAUUGCUGAGACCAGGGGGAACAUUCCCAGGUUGGACUACUCAUUGGGCGACAUGGCUCAUGGCUAGACGGGAGGGUUGAUUUGAUUGUUCAUUUAUUAUCUAGUAUACUCUAUAGACUUCUCUAAAUUUUCUGUGCUUCGCAUCCAUUGUACUCUGAGUAGCCUAGUAAUAGAUCCGAAGUCCGACUGCUGAGAU